GUUGUUAUUGUCGUUGGUGAGACUGGCUCGGGUAAAACGACACAGUUGACGCAGUUCCUGUACGAAGAUGGAUAUUGUACCUCGGGUAUCAUUGGCUGUACGCAACCUCGUCGUGUUGCGGCUAUGUCUGUCGCAAAGCGAGUCAGCGAAGAGAUGGAGUGCAAACUCGGUGGAAAAGUCGGUUACGCGAUUCGUUUCGAGGACUGUACCUCAAGCGAAACUGCCAUUAAAUGUACGCAUUUUUGUUGUCUAUGUUGA